AUGGCAACCGCCAUUGACGCCUACUACGAUAUGUCUAGCAUUUACGGGGGAGGCGCUGGGAUGGGCUCCAUUGGCUACCCAGGCGCCAUGGGAUACGGGUACGGGGGCGGUGCUAUAGGCGGUGCCGGCGGCGGCGGGGGAGGAAUGGGUGGAAUAUUUGGAAUUCUCAUCUUCCUGUUCGUUUUCAUAAUCAUCAUCAACGUCUUGUUCGGUGGAGCCGGUGGUUUUGGCGGACUCGGUGGAUCAGGAAGCAAUGGCAAGAGUGGUAGCAAAUACAGUGGAGGCAGCAACUAUGGCGAUGGUUUGAGUCACUACAAAAAAUAA